GUUGCACUUUCCUUGCUCCGGGAAAUGGCUACAGAGAGAUAAAUAGGAGCUGCCUCCUUUUCCUUUCUCUGCUUCUUUUGUCCUCUCCUGGUGACCUCUAGCCAGGAGCAGUUUCACAAGUGAUCCAAUAUGCGGGAGCCCUCCUCAAAGGCUUUGGAAAACUUUCCUCUUCUGCUUUAUAUUCUGAUCGCAAAAUCUAUAAUCCUUUGCUUGGCAUUUGCUGGAGCCAAAAUGUGGCAGAGGAAAAGACUGGAAGCACAAAGGCAACAGAAACUAGAGGCUACACAGAAAAAAACAAUUGAGAAGAAAGAUGAAUGACGUGUCUCACAAAGAUUUUGCAAACUGUCUGGUGAUUCGGAUAGACUCCAAAUUCUAGGGGUUUCGUGUGUCAAGGGAAUAUAUCCCCACCUGUAACUUGAACUUAAAACAGUGUGUAAGUUUGCAUAUGCUUUAUUAGGAAUUGGCAUCUAAUUUGCAUAUUAAAAUGGUUUUCUCAAUUUGCUGUCUGUGAACUUCUGAAUACUUAGAAAUUGUUACGGGCAUUAGGAUUUGGAGGGUCCUUCAAACCCAAUAUCCUCAUUAAAGGUUUUUUUAAAUUGUA